CGAACCAAUGGAGAUCGAGCUCUGGCUGCUAUGUGCGACGCUCGCGAUCGUCUUCCUAUGGGCGACACGGCGUUCGGGCGCCGGGCGGAUGCCGCCGGGCCCCACGCCACUGCCCGUCGUCGGCAACCUGCUCAGCCUCCGCCACGGCAACCUCCACCACACGCUCGCGCGCCUCGCUCGCGUCCACGGCCCCGUCAUGACGCUCAAGCUCGGGCUCACCACCGCCGUGGUCGUCUCCUCGCGCAACGCGGCUGAGGAGGCAUUCACCAAGCACGACCGGCAUCUGGCCGCGCGCGCGAUCCCGGACACCGCCCGCGCGCUCGGCUUCUCCGACCGGUCCAUGAUAUGGCUUCCCAGCUCCGACCCGCUCUGGAAGAGCCUGCGCGGCGUCGUGGCCACCACCGUCUUCUCCCCGCGCGGCCUCGCCGCGGCGCGCAGCGUCCGCGAGCGUAAGGUGCGCGACCUCGUCGGCUACUUCCGCGACCGCGCCGGGAGGGAGGUGGACUUCGGCCAGGCCGUGUACGGCGGCGCGCUUAACCUCGUGUCGAGCGCGUUCUGCUCCGUUGACGUGGUCGACGUGGGUGGGGAGUCGGCGCAGGGGGUGCGUGAGCUUGUCCUGGACCUCGUCACGGCGAUCGCGAAGCCCAACGUUUCCGACCUUGUACCUUUCCUCCGUCCGCUCGACUUGCAAGGAUGGCGCCGCUGGACGGCCAUACGCUUCGAGAAAAUCUUCCUCAUACUGGAUGGCAUAAUCGAUCGCCGUAUGGCCGUUGCCAACGGCUCCACAGAGAAGCAAGGCGACUUCCUGGACUCCCUCCUCGAGCUCGUCUCCACGGGCAAGCUCGCUCGCGGCAGCCUGACGACCAUACUCUCCGACGUCAUCAUGGCCGGGAGCGACACGGUGUCUCUCACCAUAGAGUGGGCAUUGGCCGAGCUUCUCCGGAACCAGAGCGUCAUGGCCAAGGCCCGUGCCGAGAUACAAAGUGCUCUCGGCGGCAAGGUAGCCGUCGACGAGACCGACGCGGUGAACCUGCCGUACCUCCUGGCCGUGGUGAAGGAGGUCAUGCGGCUGCAUCCCGUGGCGCCGAUACUGCUGCCCCACCGGGCCGUCGAAGAUGGCGUGGAGAUUGGCAGCUACGACGUGCCCAAGGGCUCAACGGUCAUCUUCAACGCGUGGGCGAUUAUGCGGGACCCGGCGGCGUGGGAGAGGCCCGACGAGUUCGUGCCGGAGAGGUUUCUGGACAUGGCGAGGCAGGUGGACUUCCGGGGCAAGGCCUUCGAGUUCAUCCCGUUCGGAUCCGGCCGGAGGCGGUGCCCUGGUCUGCCCAUGGCGGAGCGCGUCGUGCCGUUCAUCCUGGCCUCGCUGCUGCAUGCGUUCGAGUGGCGGCUACCGGACGGCGUUUCCGCCGAGGCGUUGGAUGUCAGCGAGAGGUUUACCACCGCCAACGUGCUCAACGUCCCACUCAAGGUCGUGCCCGUUGUGAUCGCUUAACUAAUGCACGUCUAGUACACGUACUAUCAGUCAUGGUAGCUGUGUUAUCUUUUUUUUUUGCGAAUCUAUCUUAUUACUAGCUAAGUGCCCACGCUAUGCAGCGGCUAUCUUUCUCACCCUCUCUUUCCUCACCAAGGGCACGGGAUCAUCAUUCCCUUUGCCAUGUACCCUGCUUUGUAGUUGUAUAGG